AAGACAAAAUCCAAAAAAAGUUUUAUUGCUUGGUUUUUUUAAUUAAAUAAGGGUUUGCUUCAGUAUAUAUCAAAUAAUAUUAUUAAUAGAGCUUAUAAAACUAAGGAAUUUUUGAAGUUGUUGAAGUUGCAAUAAAAUUAGAAAUUAAAGUUUUAUGCUCACUUAAUAUGGAUGAACAAAAUGGUGAAUAUGAGCAUCAAGUAAGGCCUGAAUCAGCUCAAUCUGAAAAUUCUGAUGCUCAAGUAGACUCUAGCAAAGGAAUAAAAUCGAAAUCGAAAAGUCGCAGUCGCUCCCGUUCUUGCAGUCAAGGUGAAACUACUCGGAAGAGUCGAUCAAGAAGUGGAAGUCGUGAUUCAUUUGAUUCUAGAAGUAGAAGUCGUAGUAAAUCAAAAAGUGAUCAUGAACAAGUAAAUGGAAACGGUAAAAUUGAAACCCGAUCUAAUUCUAAAGAAAACAAUGGAAGAUCAAGUCGGAGUCGUAGUGGUUCAAAAGAUUCUGUAAAGUCCAGAAGUCAAAAUAGAAGUGAGUCAAGAGAAAGCGGAAGCCAUUCUCCCAUUAGUGAAAGUGGUUCCAAGCGAAGUGGAUCAAGAAGAAGCAGAAGUGGUUCUAAACAUAGUCAAAACAUUUCAAGAAAAAGUCGCAGCGGCUCAGAAAGGAGUGACCGAAGUAGAUCUAGUAAAAGAAGCGAACUAGAUUCUGCCCAACAUAUUGCCGACCCUUCACGAGAGAAAAGCAGAAGUGGUUCUAGAAAUAGUAGAAGUGGCUCCAGACGAAGCCACAGCGGCUCAAGAGAAAGCCGAAGUAAUUCUAGGCGUAGUAAAAGUCGUUCCAGAAGAAGUUUGAGUAGAUCUAAAAGAAGCAGGAGCGGUUCUAGGCAAAGUGUAAGUAUUUCUAAACAAAGUCGAAGUGGUUCGAAAGAAAGCGUGAGACGGAGUGGAAGUGGCUCAGGCCGCAGCAGAAGUGCUUCAAAACAUAGAAGUAGCGCUUCAAGGAAAAGCAGAAGUGGUUCUCGGAAAAGCAGAAGUGGUUCUCGGAGAAGCAGAAGUGGUUCAGAAGUUAGUAUAAGUCAUUCUAGAAAAAGUAGAAGUCAUUCGAGACGGAGCAGGAGUCCUUCAAAUCGUAGUAAAAGUGGUUCCAGAAAAAGUAUAAGUCCAUCUAAAAGAAGUAAGUCUGGUUCUAGGAAAAGUCGAAGUGGAUCUAGGCAUAGUAGAAGCGAUUCCAGGAGUAGUAGAAGUGGUUCUAGAAGAAGUAAGUCUGGUUCUAGAAAAAGCCGUAGUGGAUCUAGACGUAGUAGAAGUGGUUCCCCACGCAGCCGCAGCCGAUCCCAACACAGUCGUAGCGGGUCGCCACGAAGUAGAAAUGGCUCAGCUCGUAGUAGAAGUGGCUCGGCACGUAGCAGAAGUGGGUCAAGAAGAACUCGUAGUGGUUCCAGGCGCAGUCGAAGUGGUAGCGCACGUAGCCGCAGCGCUUCAGCACGUAGCAGAAGCAGAUCCAGGCAUAGCAGAAGCAGCUCUCGUGAUAGUAGAAGCAGGAGCAGGUCUAAAAGAAGUAAAAGUGUGUCCAGGAGUCGUAGUGGAUCGCGACGAAGCCGAAGUGGCUCUCGGCGCAGCAGAAGUAUAAGUCGUAGCAGAUCCAGAAGCAGAAGUGGGGCUGAUUCAAGAAGUAGAAGUAGAUCAAGAGGUAAGGAUUCUAGUCGUUCACGUAGUGCAAGUAAAACACGAUCUAGAAAAAGUCGAAGCCGUUCAAGAUCUAGCAGAAGUCGAAGUGGAUCAGCAAGUGACUCUCCGGUAAAAAAGAAAAAGAGAGUUGUUUUUAGCGACUCAGAAGAUGAAGAAAACGAAUCGAAAGAACAACGAAAACGGCCAAAAAUUACAGACACAGAUAACGAAGACGAAAAUGAACCAGGAGAAAAUGCUGAAAAUUCAGAGAAUAAGGGCGAAACAACGAAAGAAAAUAAUACCGUUGUUGACAGUUCUGAUGACGAAAAUAUUCCCAUUUCAAAUGACGUUGAUAAUUUUAUUUCGGACUUUGAUGCUAUGUUAUUACGAAAAAAAGAGGAAAAGUCGAAGCGUCGCAAAAGACGGGAUAUUGAUUUAAUAAAUGAUAAUGAUGACAUAAUUGAUCAAUUAAUUCAAAAUAUGAAGGCUGCAGCAGAAGAUGAUCGUACACUUAAUAUGGAAAACAAACCUGCAAUACGUAAAAUUUCUAUGUUGAAACAAGUUAUGUCGCAAUUGAUCAAGAAGGAUUUACAAUUAGCGUUUUUAGAGCAUAAUAUUCUUAAUGUUUUAACUGAUUGGUUAGCGCCAUUACCAAAUAAAAGUUUACCCUGUUUACAAAUAAGAGAAAGUAUAUUAAGACUCCUUUCAGAUUUUCCCACAAUAGAUAAAAGUUAUUUAAAACAAUCAGGCAUAGGCAAAGCAGUUAUGUAUUUAUACAAACAUCCUAGAGAAACCAAACAAAAUCGGGAAAGAGCUGGUCGUUUAAUAUCCGAAUGGGCCAGACCAAUUUUCAAUUUAAGCACUGAUUUUAAAGCAAUGUCACGUGAAGAAAGAGUUCAAAGAGAUUUAGAACAACAAGUUAGCAAAAAACGUAAAUUAAGUCCUGAACCAAGUACAUCUAAAUCUACGAAACGUGAUAUACAUUCAGCAAUUUCAACAACUGAAGAAAAAGCAUUAAGACCAGGUGACAAAGGAUGGGUAGCGCGUGCAAGAGUUCCAAUGCCAUCAAAUAAAGAAUAUGUUGUAAGACCAAAAUCUACAGUAGAUGUUGAUAUGAGUAGAAUUUCAAAAAAGAAAAUGAACCGCUAUGAGAAACAUUUGAAGAAAUUUAUGGAUGCAAAAAGAUUGAAACAAACAAGACGAGCAGUGGAAAUAUCGAUUGAAGGUAGAAAAAUGGCACUAUAAAUUUAAUUAUAUUAUUUUUAAAUUCUGAUAAUGGAAUAAAAUUAAAAUUGAGUACGUAUAGAUUUUAAUUCUGAUUAUGUAACUUAGAUUUAACAUUUUCUGUAAGUUAAUUUUUCUUCUUCGUGAUAAUAUUGAAAUUUUGUAACUAAAUAAUAAACAAAAUUUUGAAAAAUAAAAUAAAUCUAUAUUAUAUAUUUUA